GGCGGUGGUUGUUAUUUUUUGGUCUUGGUUUGGUUUUUAGUCGCCGUUUAAACUUGGUCGUGAGAGGGUAGCAGCCCCAGAACCAGCCCGUUACCAGCCGCCCGCGAUCGCGUCCCCAAAAGUGAGAGCCCUGGCCAGCUCAAGCCUGCAGAUCCAGAUCCUCCAUCACAUCCUCAUGGCCCCAGUGAGCGGCUGUUCGCCCACCGCCACCCACUCGCUGCAAGACAUGAGCGCCGCCGCCGCCGCCAUCGCCCUUGACAUGAAGCCCAAGGGGGAGUCCCACCCCCUAGCCGCCGCCACUGCCACUGCCCUGCCCUCGCAGAAGAUCAAGAAACUGGUGCGGCGCAACGCCUCCGACAAGCUAAAGCUCAUCCAAAUGGUUCACGACAACCCGAUUCUCUGGGACUCGCGCCUCCCGAACUUCAAGGGCGCCGAGGAGGAGAAGAACCGCGCCUGGGAGCACAUAGGUCGCGAGUUCAACGCUCCAGGGCGACGAGUGGCACGGGCCUUUAAGUCGCUGCGUGAAUCAUACCGCCGUGAACUGGCCCACGUCAAGCUGAUGGGCAAUGGAUUUAAGCCCAAGUGGAGUCUCUACGAAGCCAUGGAUUUCCUUCGCGACGUCAUCAGGGAGAGAAAAGGCGCUUCGCAUGCAACCGAUCUCAGCCUGACCGCGUAUGGGCAAAUUCACAACAACAACAAUAAUAACAGCAACAGCAUGGGAUCAGCUGGAAAGGCAGUAUCGCUGAAGCUGUCCACGUCCUUCAACGAGUCCGCCGCAGUGUUAAACCUUUCCAAGUGCUCCUCGCUGAACGUCAGCGGCGAUGACUACUACUGCGACUACUAUGUAAAACCGGAGCUGGAUCUCUCGGUGGGAGGUGGGGCCGGAAGUAGCAGCAGUGGCAGUAGCUCCGGCGGCGGACCACUUCCGCUGCCCGCCCACCAGCACCAGGCGCACAACGACAGCCGGGUUAGCUCAACACGCAACGAACAUCAACAUCUUCAACACAGCUACGAUGACAUUGACGCCAGCUCGAUCCGCAGCGGUGACGAAGACACCGGCCAUGCAUCCGACGGAGUGGAGGAGCUGGAGGCAAUCGACGCGGACUUCCCAUAUCCGCUGAUCCUGGACUCCAACUCCCGCGGGAGCACCAAUGCGGGCGUGGAUGAGGUGGCAUCAUCGCGCAAGCGUCGCCGCAAUGUUGAGCAGGAUGGUCAGGAGAACGGUAAUGGCGACGGCGAUGAAGUCAUCGAUGGCGACGACUAUGAGGAGCAGAUGCUCCAGCAGCACCGCCAUCUCCGGCAGCAGCAGGGUGCAGCUGUCACCGGAGGCUUGGAUCUACCACCCCCUCAAACUGUACGCGAGGUCCUCAACUCCAAGUUUUGCGGCUUCAUUUCGGCCAAGCUGAACAGCAUGGAGGACUCAGAAGCGGAUAAUCUAAUGAACCGCAUUCUUCUGUUACUUGUUCAGGUGCAGCAAUGCGAGGGGUCCACAAAAUAGGCGGCCAUAGAGAAGAGCGUUUAAUGCGCGAGGUGUAGUUAUAAUAGCCAAGAAAAGCUCAUUAUGGAUUGAUGCAGCUGCUCAAAGCAGUCACAACGGAUUGAUUUCUUGUCAUUCGUUCUGACUUCCCUUGCCAUAAGAAUUAUAAACAUACUUGCCAAUGCCAAAUUUGUGCCAUACCAAAAAGAUCAAUCGAGCAACUAGAAGAAUGGCUUUACAAAGAAAUUCUCUCAUUUGCUUCGCUCUCAUUUACAACAAAGAACAAAACUCAAAGAAAAGACAACACAAAGACGAAAAACAAAGAAAGUAGAUGAUGUAAGACCCAUAGUUUAAUAAAACUUUAAAUGUUAAUAUCGUUUUAAGCCGAUCAACUGUAUAUCAUACUCAUGCCAACGUUUCAUCACAUGAAUCUAUUCUUUUACUUGAAACUAUUACUUUGCCCAGAUUAGAUCGUCGAUUUAAAACAUGAUCACUUUCUUGUUAAAUUGCAGACCUAGAAAUUUGAAUCCUCUAUUGAAAUAGCUUUAAAUACCAACAAGCUAUCAUUUUACAGUUAGUUUUACACCGAAAUGAAUAUUUAUAAUUUUCUGAAAGCAAAAAAAUAUUGCUUUCUACAUUUGAUCAUUAUUUGAAUAAAACUCCUUAAAAGGUA